AUGACAAAUUAUGCUGAUCUUCCUUUGGUUACACUAAUUCAACAUGAAGGCAGUCGAUAUAUUUUCCAAAACGAAAAAUCUGAUGAACAUGCUCAACUUCUCACUGAAACUAUAAUUAAUUUAAUUAAACAACAUGGUUUCGAUAAUUAUGAUUCACAAUGUAUACCUCUUCUUGAAACAUGUUUAAUUGAUUUUUCUAAAGAUUUAAUUCUAUGUUUUAAACAACGUAUGGAAUCACUUGGUUCUUCAAUAACAAUGCAACAUGCUUUUGAACGAACAUUAAACGAUGUUAUGUCAAUUGAUUUACAUGAACUAUAUUCCUAUAUGAAAAAUGACGUUAAUUCUAUGUAA